ACUUGGCGGUCUCUCUUCCUCCUCAUGAGUCCUCUCGCUUCUCAGCCCCUGCUCUGCUCCUUCUCCCUAGUCUCUCUCUCUGUCCAAACUCUAAACUCACUUUCUCUCUCUAAAAUCUCGUGAAACUGAGAAAUUUUUGGAAUUUUUUAGGUUGGAAGUUUUGUUUUUUUCCUAAAAAACCAGAUCCAAAUUGGAUCACUUCCUUUCUUGUUCAAGAAUCAAAACUUAACAGCUUCAAAAACUCAAGCUUGUGCGGUUACUGAAAACGAAGGCCCUUCAAAAUCUAGGCCUUGAGAUUCGUCUCAAAAGGCUUUGACUAGAACAGUUAACUGGCACUUGGGUUUUGCUCCAGUGCCAAGUACAAUGACGGUCGACGUGAGCUCACUUUCAGAGAGAUCGGUGGGAAUGCUGAUGACCUCAGACCACACCUCCGUGGUGUCGAUGAACCUGUUUGUGGCUCUUCUUUGCGCUUGUAUUUUACUUGGUCAUUUGUUGGAGGAAAGUCGAUGGAUGAAUGAGUCCAUAACCGCCCUUGCCAUUGGACUGUGCACUGGAGUUAUUAUAUUGCUAACCACUGGAGGGAAAAGCUCCCAUUUGUUAGUAUUUAGUGAAGAUCUCUUCUUUAUAUAUCUGCUUCCGCCUAUCAUUUUCAAUGCCGGGUUCCAGGUAAAGAAGAAGCAGUUUUUUCGUAACUUCAUGACUAUCAUGACGUUUGGUGCUGUUGGCACUCUCAUAUCCUUUGCCAUCAUAUCCUUAGGUGCUAUGCACUUUUUCCACAAGUUCAAUAUUGGUUCCCUCAAGAUUGGAGAUUAUCUUGCCCUUGGUGCGAUAUUUUCUGCAACCGAUUCUGUUUGCACCUUGCAGGUGCUUAAUCAGGAUGAGACACCUUUGUUAUACAGCCUGGUUUUUGGGGAAGGGGUGGUUAAUGAUGCCACAUCAGUGGUGCUUUUCAAUGCAAUCCAGAGCUUUGACCUCUCUCACAUCAAUACAAGCACUGCUUUGCAAUUUAUAGGAAACUUCUUAUAUUUAUUUGCUGCAAGUACAAUUCUGGGAGUUGUAGCUGGACUACUUAGUGCAUAUGUCAUUAAGAAGCUCUAUUUUGGCAGACACUCAACUGAUCGUGAAGUUGCUCUUAUGAUACUCAUGGCUUACCUUUCAUACAUUCUAUCUGAACUGUUUUAUUUAAGUGCCAUUCUCACUGUGUUCUUUUGCGGAAUUGUUAUGUCUCACUACACAUGGCAUAAUGUGACUGAAAGUUCCAGAGUGACAACUAAGCAUACUUUUGCCACUCUGUCAUUUGUUGCUGAGAUUUUUAUCUUUCUUUAUGUCGGCAUGGAUGCCUUGGACAUUGAGAAAUGGAGAUUUGUGAGCGAUAGCCCUGGAAAAUCUAUAGCGGUGAGUUCAAUACUGUUGGCGCUGGUUCUGGUUGGAAGAGCAGCCUUUGUUUUCCCCUUAUCUUUCUUAACCAACUUGACUAAGAAAUCUCCAUCUGAUAAAAUCAGUUUGAAGCAACAAGUUACAAUUUGGUGGGCUGGGCUUAUGCGUGGCUCUGUUUCUAUGGCACUUGCUUAUAAUCAGUUUACUAGGUCUGGCCAUACUGACUUGCGUGCAAAUGCGAUCAUGAUCACCAGUACUAUCACAGUUGUUCUUUUCAGCACAGUGGUAUUUGGUUUGAUGACUAAACCACUAGUGAGGAUUUUGCUUCCUUCCUCAAAACACAUCAGCAGUAUGAUGUCUUCUGAACCAUCUAGUCCUAAAUCAAUCACUGUGCCACUGCUCAGCAAUGGGCAAGAUUCAGAGGUGAGCCUUGGGGUGCAAGAUUCAGAGGCAAAUCAUGGGCCUGUGAACAUACCCCGUCCAACUAGUUUACGAAUGCUCCUAAGCAGUCCUACUCAUACUGUCCACCAUUAUUGGCGAAAAUUUGAUAAUGCCUUCAUGCGGCCUGUGUUUGGUGGGCGGGGUUUUGUACCUUAUGUUCCAGGCUCACCUGUCGAACAAAAUGAUCAUCAAUGGCAUUGAGAAGUAACUGAUACUCAUAUAAGCUCCAAUUUAUGUAAUUUAUAGGUUUGGAUUGAGAUCGGCUUCAGUGUGCAUUUGUUUAUACAUAUCAGAAUUUGGAGUGUGGUGACAGCAUUUUACACAAGAUGAGCAGCUUGUUCCGUGUGGUGGUGCAAAAUUUUCGUGUCUUCAUAGGUUGCUGACUAGAUUAAUUUCUUGACGGUUCGUACCCUUGUAAGUUUUGCGUGAUUGGUGUUGUAUAUGGAUGAUUUUGUAAUGAUCCUUCAGAAUUUUGAUUUCCAAAAUUUCAAUGUUA